UUGUUUUCCAAAGCUUUUUUCUCAGAUAUAUCGAGCAGGGAUCCGACAAUAUGUUCACUUUGGAGCGAGGCAAUUGAUCUGCACGAUGUUCAAGAUUUGACAGAACAGAGCGAGUUUUUAUCUUUAAGGCAACAAUUAGGAGUUGAUCGUAUUCAUCUGGAAACAUUAUCGCGGUAUCAUGUACGCGGUCAUAUGGAUAGCUAUGACCAGCCGGCAAUCUGUUAUCCACGUUACAGAGGACCGAGCAGUCGGGCUCGAAUACCCUGUGGACUCAAGUUAAUUAGAAGAAUUGGUGAUCAUUUAGAAAAGGAAAAUUUUCCCGAACCGGAUGACACAGGUAUUGUGCCAUUUUCUGGCAUUUUCGGUUUCCAUAUGGCCACUGCUGCUGAUAAUCGAAUAAUUUUGACAACUAAUGAACGCGAUGCAUUGGCCGUUUAUGAGGCUACUGGUGGAAUGUUAGCAGUUGCGCUUCCACAAGGCGAAAAGGUUUAUAAAACUUUGUUUUACUUGACAGCUCGCUUCAUUUUCGUACUACCAUACCUUGAAGAUUUUGACAUAAUUUAUUUGUGGUUUCCACAUGUACAUGAAAAGAACGCGAAAGACCUUGCGUCGUAUCUGAAUGCCAAUCGGUGUUAUGUUGUGUUGUGUAAAGAGCGACCUAUAGAACUUUUGCGGAAUGAUGCUAGAAGGGAGAUAAAUAAGGCAAUACGAGAGGAUGCAGUGCGUGUCCGUGGGAAGGGAUUCCGUUCAAUGAUUGACGUACGUCAGGAUCUCAAGUUAGAAAUUAUCAAUAGCCGAACUAAACAGUGUGGGAUUGCUCAGUGGAAACGAUUUGAUUUGUUAAACCGAUAUCUUUAUGGCUUCCGUCCUAGCGAAUUGACAGUUUUGACAGGCGGAACCGGCUUCGGAAAAACAACGUUUCUUUGCGAAUAUUCACUGGAUUUACUUUCGCAGGGGGUUCGGACUCUGUUCUGCAGUUUCGAAAUGCCAGAUGAAAAGAUACUGAAGUGGAUGCUAGUGCAGUAUGCAGCUCCUUUCUAUUUGCGCGAUCUUGAUCGUUUGCGAACAACACGCAACGGCAUACCAAUUCCACUUUAUCGUGCUGAACACCAUCCGUCUGUUGAAAUGUGGCUAGACCGUUUUGAAAGAACGAAAGGAGAUUUGAUUAUCAUGAAAGUGGAUGAAUUCCGAGAUAAAACCAUCACUCAAAUAGCGUCUGCAAUAAGGCACCAGGUUAUUGCAAGUGGAAUCCAGCAUGUUGUUAUUGAUAACCUUCAGUUCUUGGUUGGUUUAGCGACGUUGAAUAACGAAAAGGCAACAGCUUUAGAAAAGUACAAUCAGCAGGAUCGUUUUGUGAGCUUACUUCGAGGAAUUGCGACUGAUUAUGGGCCACAUGUUACCCUUGUUGUACAUCCCCGCAAACUGGAAGCAGAUGCUGAUCUUGAUGUCCAGCAUUUCGGGGGUUCCGCAAGGGUUACUCAAGAAGCAGACACAAUUUUUGCUAUACAGCGAAGGAGAGAUGAAAAAGACAAACGCAAAUAUCGCAAAUUUUUAUAUAUUCUCAAAAAUCGCUACGGACAGAAAAAAGUUGAAAGCGACAUAAUUGAGAUGGUUUUCCAGCCUGCUACGUAUACUCAUUGUCUUGUUGAUCGCUCUGGUGAAACAAGCAAGUGA